GUCGCCCUCCACGGCUCAUCUUUCCAGAGGACGCCGGUUUGUCCCGCAGUCCCUGAAGGCAGCGCGGCGGGCAGUGAAGGGUUAACCCGUGUAAUCGGAUGAAUGGAGAUUGCGGUGAGCAGCAUCUGAUUACAGACACGCCAGCAGCUUUCUGAGGGGCGAGCCGCGCGCGUCCGCACCGAACCAAACACGACGUUUUCUCUCUGCUCACGGAGGAAAAGUUCACCGUCAAGCGCGGGAAAGUCCCGGACUGCCGCGAGUUUCCCGCUUUAGCCUAACUCUGUCCGUGGAGGAUAACCUGCAGAAUGUGGACGGAGGAGUGAGGAGCACGUUCAGACAGCAGCAGCAGCGCCUCCGAGCCGGGGCUCAACAGGGAUCCUCUCGUUCCCGCCUCUGCCCCUUUACCUUUCCCCCCCGAGGAGACGGAGGCUGUCUUCUGUUUGGACUCUGUCCAUUUCUAUUUCGUCUCUGAUAAGUGUUUUGUGCAGCCGCCAUCAUUCUGUGCUGCAAGGCUGACCCCAACAUGUCUUCAAAUGGAGACCUGGGCACACUCGGGAGCUCGGACAGCUUCUGGGAGCCUGGAAACUACAAAAGGACGGUGAAGCGAAUCGAUGACGGUCACCGGCUUUGCAGCGAGCUCAUCAGCUGCUUUCAGGAACGAGCUAAGAUCGAGAAGAGCUACUCGCUCCAGCUGAGUGACUGGGCCAAGAGGUGGAGGGGCAUCGUGGAAAAAGGGCCCCAGUAUGGCACCCUGGAGAAGGCGUGGCACGCCUUCAUGCAGGCGGCCGAUAGCCUCAGCGAGCUGCACAUGGAGCUGCGCCAGCGGCUGGCGGUUGAAGACAGCGAGAAGGUGCGCAACUGGCAGAAAGACGCUUUCCACAAGCAGAUGAUGGGCGGCCUCCGAGAAACCAAGGAGGCAGACGACGGCUUCCGUAAAGCCCAGAAACCCUGGGUCCGCAAGCUGAAGGAGGUGGACUCCAGUAAGAAGAGCUACCAUCAGGCCAAGAAGGAGGAGUGGACAGCAGCCAACAGGGAAACGCACGCCAAGGCCGACCCAACCAAGUCCCAGGAGGAAGUUCGCAAAUACACGAACCGCACGGAGCGCUGCAGCGAGGAGGCAGAAAAGGCAAAGGAGCGCUACCAGAAGGCCCUGGAGGAGCUGAACCGCUGCAACCCUCGGUACAUGGAGGACAUGGAGCAGGUGUUUGACCUCACUCAGGAGGCCGAGCGCAAGAGGCUACGGUUCUUCAAAGAAGCUCUCCUGGACAUCCACACACACCUCGACCUGUCUGCCAAAGAGAGCUUCAAAGGCCUGUACCGGGACCUGGGUCAGACCAUCCGAGCAGCCAACGACAGCGAAGACCUGCGCUGGUGGAGGAACGCCCACGGACCCGGCAUGAGCAUGAACUGGCCGCAGUUCGAGGAAUGGUCUCCUGAAGCGAGUCGCUCCAUCAGCAGGAAGGAGCGAGGAAGACUUUCGGAAGAGAACGUGGUCACUCUCACCAACAUCGUCUCGUCAGGUGGAGUCGAGGCUCCGCCCAGUCCCAUCACCCUGGACACUGGCAGGGUGAAGGAUUAUUCUUCAGACUGGUCAGAUGACGAGAGUCCGAAGAAGGCUGUGAACGGCGUGGGGGAGUUCGAGCUGGACGAGGGGCGUGCAGAGGGGGUGCCGGUCCAAGCUCUCUAUGAUUACACGGGUCAGGAGGCGGACGAGCUCAGCUUCAAAGCAGGUGAGGAGCUGCUGAAGCUGGGGGAGGAAGACGAGCAGGGCUGGUGUAAAGGACAGCUGAGCAGCGGGCAGGUCGGCCUCUAUCCCGCCAACUACGUUCGAGUCCUUUCCUCCUGAUGAUGGGCCGCCCUCCUCCCACAAUCCACCCUGCCCUGUUCGGACUAGGAAACUGUGAAACCACAUGAACUGGUGUGCAGACCAGGAAGCGGAGGGAGGUCCGGCUGGGCUCAGACUCCUGCUUCAGAGGAGAAGUGGGCGUGUCCUCCGCCAGGAGAGCGUCUCCACGCUGACCGGCUGGUUUGGACCGAACACCAGCAGAGUCUCAUUUCCAUGAAGCUCUUCUCCGUUACAGACGUUCAAACACUAAAGCUGACCUGUUGGGCUUCCGGAGGUUUUGUUAUUACAAACUCCUUUUCUAAGUGUUGGUGGUACUCGGCUGGCUCUGUCAGAAUUACGUUUGUCUUUGCGUUUCGUUAAUUUAGCUGCAACGUUUAAAACUUUUUGUGUUUAGAUUUGAAGACAGACUCUUCCAGCUGGUGGCGCCUUUUUCUCUGAAAUGUUUUAACAUUUUUACAGAAUUUUCUUCUUUAAUUUACAGUCGGUUAAGCUGAAGGUGGUGGGGGGACAUUUAGAUGGAGGGUCUUUGGUCAUUUAAAUGCAGGAAUCCUUCUUUUUCUAAUCUCUUCUGUUGUCGUCACACUUCAGGGCUUCAAAGAUCUGUCUUUUCUUCUGUUGCGCUCUAACCUGUAAACUUUGAACCUGACAGGAGGAAGGGGAUGUAAACUGCCGUCUGUGAAGCUGGAAUAAAGAUCUUUCUGCAGCUGGAAA